UGAGGCGGCCGCCCUGAGCUCAGGCUCCUGCGCGGGCGGGUGGGCGAAGGGGCCUUCGCGGGAGGACCCGACUGUGCCAGCAACAUGGCAGCGUCCAGCCGGGCCCAGGUGCUGCGGCUGUACCGGGCCCUGCUGCGGGAGAGCCAGGGCUUCACCGCCUACGGCUACAGAACAUAUGCCAUCAGAAGGAUAAGAGAUGCCUUCAGAGAAAACAAACAUUUAAAGGAUUCAGAAGAAAUACAAACACUAGUGAAUAAAGCAAGAACAAACCUAGAGAUUAUUCAUCGGCAGGUUACCAUUGGUCAACUCUAUUCAACCCAGAAACUUGUUAUUGAGAGUCCAGAAAACAGAGAUAAUCUGAUCAUCUAGCACCGUUGGACCAUCCUCAGCUUUCUGUAGUGCUGCACAUCCAACAUAGUGUGUAUGCACCCUGCCUGAGUUUGAAAAACUUAUCUGUCUAGUAAAAGAUAAAGCUUUGGAAAUGCUCAGUUUUGGCAACCAAAACAGUCUAGAAUUUCUCUUCUCAUGGUUCAUGCACUAAAAUGUACUGCUAAGCCUACAAUAGCGUGUAAUGUAUUCCUAAUAUCCGCGUUGCUAGUAUUUCAUGUGUAAUGAGACUGUUUCUUGGCCUUAUUUGACAAUAAAAUUCCAUGAACCGAA